AUCUGAAAAUGGAAGAAACCCUAGUUACACCAUCCGAACCACCACCACUACCAUCCGACGGGGAUUUGAUGGAUGUUGCGACCGAAGCUCAUAACCCUAAUAACAGUCAGUCUGCCUCAAAUUCCGAUUCCGGCUCCGACUCGGAAUCGGAUGAUGAAGCUCAAGCUGCUCUCGAAUUACAAAACCUAGAAGCGGAGCUCUCCACCAACCCAGCCAACUACGAUGCUCAUGUUCAAUAUAUUAAGGCUUUGAGGAAGCAAGGUGAUAUUGACAAGCUGCGGUUAGCAAGGGAGGCUAUGAGUGAGCUCUUCCCUCUAGCUCCUGCAAUGUGGCAGCAAUGGACAAAUGACGAAAUUUCGCUCAUCUCGACAUCUGGGCAUGAGGGUGCAAUUCCUACAAUUGAGAAGCUCUAUGAGCGUGGCGUGUCUGAUUACUUGUCCGUUUCUCUGUGGUAUGACUAUCUGAAUUUCAUUCAAAAAUAUGAUUCUUCUGUCCGUGAAUGUUCACCCACUGGGAUCUCAAAGGCAAGGGACCUGUUUGAGCGUGCUCUUAUCGCAUGUGGUUUGCAUGUUGCUGAAGGCAGUAAAUUAUGGGAAGCAUACAAAAGUUAUGAGGAAGCCGUCCUUAAUAGCAUGGAUACGAUGGACUUUGAGUCGCGGGAAAAGCAGGUCCAAAGGAUUCGAAAUAUAUUUCAUCGACACUUGUCGAUUCCUCAUCGAGACCUGAUGUCAACUCUUCUCACCUAUAAGGCUUGGGAGGCUGAACAUGGGAACACUCUUGACGUCAGUAGUAGCAGUACAGAAGGAAUUUCCGCCAAUGUUGCUUCCGCAUAUCAGAAGGCUAUAGAGAUGUUGAGUAUGCGUGCUGAUUUUGAAGAAAAAAUUGUAAAAAAUGACAUGGCUGAUACAGAGCGGCUUCAAAGUUUCAUGGCUUAUUUGAAAUUCGAACAGUCCUGUGGAGAUCCUGCUCGAGUUAAAAGCUUGUAUGAACGUGCAAUUACUGAAUUUCCUAUAUCCAGUGAUCUCUGGAUUGAUUAUACCCACUACCUCAAUAAGACCCUAAAGGCAGACAAAACUUUGAGGGAUAUUUUUAACAGGGCAACUAGGAACUGUCCCUGGGUUGGAGAACUAUGGGUUCAGUUCAUGCUAUACCUUGAACGAUGUCGUUGUUCUGAGAAAGAGCUUUCUGAUGUUUUUGAGAGAUCUCUGCUAUGCACAUUUUCUACCAUAGAUGAGUAUGUAGACAUAUUUCUCACAAGAGUUGAUGGCUUGAGGAGGAGAAUCUUGUUUGCCAAAGAACUGGACGAUGGCUUAGAUUAUGCCUUGAUACGGGAUACUUUUCAGAGGGCAUGUGAUUAUUUGUCACCACAGUUAAAGAACACGUACAGUUUGUUGCAAAUACAUAGAUACUGGGCCCGCCUGGAGUCUAGUAUUGGGAAUGAUAUAACUGCAGCUCGUGGAGUAUGGGAGAGUUUGCUUAAGAACAGUGGGUCUAUGUUAGAAGCCUGGCAAGGCUAUAUAUCAAUGGAAACUGAGAUGGGGCACAUAAAUGAAGCUAGAUCUUUGUAUAAACGAUGCUAUAGUAAAAGGUUUUCUGGGACAGGCUCUGAG